CCUGUCCUCUCCUCCGGACUAAUGAAUGAUAACAGGAUCUUGGGCCAUUACCUGCAUUUUGGGAAAUAUUGCCCGAAGCUUGGGCGUGGUAGCGCUCAAUCUUAAGCACUCAGGAGGCUGAGGCCGGAGGUUCAGGGGUUCUAGGUCAGCUUUGCCUAUUUAGCUGUCUCAACAGAAAAGAAGAAACAUCUAGAUUCCUUCGAGUGGGUUUCCGAUAUUAUUAACAUGAAAUAGAGUAGAAAAUAGCAGAACUCCACACUGUGUGUGGGUGCUAGAACACAAUGCAAAUUAUUAAUUACAUCUGAGAAAUGAAUUCCAGUAUGAAGCAGAAACAGGAAGGAGCCGGAGAGAAUGUAAAGAACAGUCCUGUCCCAAGGAGAACGCUGAAGAUGAUUCAACCCUCUGCAACUGGAUCUCUUGUUGGCAGAGAAAAUGAGUCACCAAAAGGCUUGUCCAAAAGGAAGCUUUGGAAUGACCAGUUAACAUCUAAGACUUCAAGCUCUGGUCCAGAAGCUUGUGAAAAUAAAGAUGUUGGAGAUGUCACCCAGGAAGCAUUUGAUCUUAUGAUUAAAGAAAACCCAUCUUCUCAGUAUUGGAAAGAAGUGGCAGAAAAACGGAGGAAAGCUCUCUAUGAAGCACUUAAAGAAAACGAGAAACUUCAUAAAGAAAUUGAACAGAAGGACAGUGAAAUUGCCCGCCUGAAAAAGGAGAAUAAGGAAUUGGCAGAAGUAGCAGAACACGUACAGUACAUGGCAGAGGUAAUUGAGAGGCUGAGUCAUGAACCUCUGGAUAGCUUCGAAUCACCGGAUAGUCAGGAAUUUGAUUCCGAAUUGGAAACUGUUGAGGAUUCUGAAGUGGAAGACUCAGAAACUAGCACAUGUGCUGAAGAGACUGUGUCUUCCUCCACUGAUGCCAAACCAUGUACAUGAAGUGUGAGGUACACUGCCAACUUUGCCCUGCACUACAGCUCCUGGUAAAUUAACUACAAGAUGCAAGUGCUGGAAUCCAGGUUUGAAUCCUAGGGGCUAUUACCACAUUAAAAUACAGAUAGUAUGUAUUUUUAAUCUGUUUUAUGUAAAUAGCAUUUUCAUUUUCUCAGUGUCAAGAUGUGACUUGUGUAUAUUAAAUAAACUUCAAUUUCUUAUUGAA